AGUCGGGCAGCAGUCGUCGCCACUGUGCGUCGCCGAAAAAUGUUGCAGCAGCAGCCUCUGACGGGCAACGGGCCCUCAAAUGGCCGGGGACUCGGCAUGAGUGGCCACCCCGGGAUGCACGGCCUGAACUCGGUUCACGAAGCCUCGCAGCACCGGUCUGACGGGGGGAACCCGGGCCUCGAGGGCACGGAAAACGGACAUGAAACCCGCAGAGAUAUCGGAGACAUACUGCAGCAAAUAAUGACCAUCACCGACCAAAGUUUGGACGAGGCACAGGCAAAGUUAGUGUGAACUUUAUUUACAUUAUUCUGCAGUUUUUCCAAGAUGAAAUCUGUUUGUUGUUUUUGUCGCUUUUGUCGAUCAGACUGUCUGAGGUAAAGUUUCCUGAAGUUCAACCUAUUGUUUAGAUAAUUAGCCAGCAGCUCUCAUUAACGCUCAUGUGAGCUCUCAGAAACAAAGGCAGCUUUAUUAAGACCGUGUCUGUGAUCAUAUGCUGUCACAUUAUCCAAUCAUUAUUGUUUCUUUGCUUUCAUAAACACGCGUAUUUCUCACAGACAGUGUCCGCUAUUGUUAGCAUGCUAGGCUGCGCUAACGUUGCUAACUAGCCGGAGCUACUUCAGGUAGCGAACAGGUAACGCUGGUAUGAACAUUAAGAAAGUAUUUCAUUUUAAUUUUAAUGGGAUAACUGCGUAAAAUAAGUAAUAAUAAUCAAAUAAAAACAGAUUUAGUCUUUUGGUUAACACGGGCAUGUGAAUAAACGCGUCUUUAGCUGUUAGCUUUGUGGAAGCUAGCAUUAGCUCAGUUAAAGGUAAAGGUGUUUGUGUUCGUGAUGGAGUUGUGUUUUUGUGUUUUGUUUUGGUCACUUUGAGUGUGUUUUCAGCUCCUGUGUUUAAAGUCAGUGUCUCGUCUCUUGUUUUCUUUGUGUGUAGGAAACAUGCGCUCAACUGUCACCGGAUGAAACCUGCUUUAUUCAGCGUCCUCUGUGAAAUCAAAGAGAAAACAGGUACUCACUCCUCUUUUUUCACUCUUGUUGUGAUUAAAUAAACGUUAAAUUUUUAGGUUUCAAAAGUGGUUUAUCAUGCGUUUCUUGUCCCAAACGUUUGUCUGAGUGCACAGUGGCUUCAUGUGUUUUUGCAGAGGUGUGUAAACCUGUGUUGACAAAGUGUCAUCAGGAUGUAAUCAAGUCAAAACAGGUUUACACACAAAUAUGAGAUCCCUGUUUGUUUAUGCUUUUACUAUUCUCAUUAAUACUUUCUAAAGAUCUUAAUAUUUUUAAUCAUUAUUUAGCAGUAAAUCAACUGUUUUCCCACUAUAAUUGAUAAGCUUUUUCAUUGUUCAUUUUUGUUGACAAUAGUAAUGUGUCAUUUCGAAAGUUUUCUGGUGCAUUAUAUUUAAAGGUGUGUCUGAUAUUUUGUUAAUUAAGUGGACAAAAUAUGAUGAACACCUUUCACUCCAAUAGGGGAGACCGGAGAUGGUUAUAACAUUGGGAGAGUUGCAACUAUUUCCACCAAUCAGGGAUGACAUAGGAGUCAAAUGCUCAUUUUAUUAUAAACACACAUGAUUUUGAGAUAUGAAAAUAUAUUUUUUGAUCAAGACUGUAUCUUGUUUUGUUCUUUUUCCUAAACCGAUAAAAUCAUACUACUUAUAUUGAACUAAAUAGUAGUUUUUCAGACAAUCAUAGUGACUUUUUAGAAACUUCAUAGUAUUCUUGUGGAUUGACAUGGUUUCUUCUUUAGUGAACAAAUAUGUGUACUUUGUAAAAAGAAAAAAAGAAAAGAAAAGAAAACUGUUGCUCAAAUAUUGGUGUUUAUCCAGCGCUUCAAGGGGGAAAAAUAAGUCACAGUUCUCCUCUUAUUCAAUUGUUGGUUGUAUAUUGAGUUGCCAGACACUAUGAGGUUAUGCUCAAUUUAGCUGCAGAGGCUGCAUUUGUUGAAAAAAUUUUUGUACUGUGUCACAAAAACACAUCACCUUUAACUUAAGGUACAUUCAGUAUUGUCAGAGUGUUGACCCGCCCCUUCUUAUUGAAAUGAGAUUAAAGUAGACACAUGGCUGCCUUUGGUUUUAGUCCCUUAUUCUUCCGUUAAAUGAGCGCCAUGAGCUACCUGCUAAGUACUCGUAGUGAGUAAAGUAUUUUGGGUGUUAUUAUGAUUCGUCUAUAGUUACUUUCUAAGAGGAGAAGGGUAGAGGCAGCUGGUAAGAAGUCUGGGUAUAAAAUAAGUGGAUGCUUAGGGUUUUAGUACAUUUAUAGAGACACAUACAAGUCCUUUGACUGUGAUAGUCGGUGUAUUGAUUUGUGCAGUGUUGAAAACAAACAUACAGAAGGAUACAUGUAAUUGAAAAGCCAUUAUGAUAAAUUAUAUUUGGUAUAAUGACUACAACAGCUGGACAAACACGCGCACAAUGGCAACACGACAACACAACACAUGCUGGUUUGGUAACUGCAAAUAUGAAACAGAUAAUGAAAGGGUGAUGAGUCGUGGUGCUUGGUGUUUGAUUUAAGCUCUGAAGGAGUUUGUUUGAUUCUGCCUGUUUGACUAAGAAAGCUGCUCCUCAAAGGAAAAAUGAUAAUUCAUGAAAAGAAACUUAAAAAUAUGAUAAAUUUUUGUUUGUUGUUUAAAGUCUGAGAAUUUUCCUGUUAGACAAAAUAAAGAGUUAAAGUAAAAUAAUGUUUCCUUUUCCCUCAUGAGUGCAAAGAAACGACUAUCAGGGUAAUAAAAAACUGAAUGGCAAAAACAGCAGAAACAUGGAUGACUGUGGGUUAUCCGUUAAAGAGACGGUGGGAGUCAGAGCAGGAUGUAAGCGUUGUGUGACUCAGCCUGAACACAGUUACUCUCUUGUGUUGAUGUUUGACCAACAAAACCCACAGACUGUGACAUUUGCCUUAUUGACAGGUCUGUCAAUGAGGAACGCCCAGGAGGACGAGCCUCAGGAUCCCCAGCUGGUGCGAUUGGACAACAUGCUGCUGGCGGAGGGCGUGGCGGGGCCAGAGAAGGGCGGCGGGGCUGCCGCUGCCGUGUCCGCUGCCACCAGCUCGGGAGGGAUGUCGCCCGACAGCUCGCUGGAGCACUCCGACUACAAAAGCAAGUUGAGCCAGAUUCGCAGUAUCUACCACACUGAGCUGGAGAAGUAUGAGCAGGUACCGUGUCGCAACAGGAGACGAGUGCUGACAUUGCCUGUACACGCUUGCUUGUACUUAAGCUGCUCUCCAGAAGUGUAAUCCAUUGGCAUGUUAGGUCAAGAAAUACAGACACACAGCUUUCUCUGCCGCUGAAUACAUUUCUGUUCUUAUGUGGGGGUGGAAGAAAGACUUGGGUAAUGACAGACAGAUGAUCCUUUCAGCAACAGUUCAUUAAAUCUGUCCUGCAGCACAAAUUAAAACUCUCUGCUUAUUAAAAGAGGCUCUUAAAACAUAAACAGCUUCAAAUACCCGCUUUGGUUUUGCCUUAAGAUCAUUGAAGUGCUUCAUACACCAACAGGACCCACCAGUGAUCUUAAGACGAAACACUGAGACCAGAUUUACAAUGCUUACUAACAAAAUCAAGGCUUUUAGGGUGGCACUUACAGAAGAUUUUAUCCUAAAAUGUCAUUUUCACUCAACAGAAACUGAAAGAAAAACUCCACAAUUCCAGACGAGUCUUUCUAAAAUUCAAUUAAAGUCAACAUAACAAAAAGUCAAACUUAGCUUUCCUGCUUCGCUCACUUCUGUCUUUCACUAUCGGUCAUCGUUUGCCUCACCUGCCCAGGCGUGCACUGAGUUCACUACUCACGUGAUGAACCUGCUGAGGGAGCAGUCGCGCACCCGGCCCGUCACCCCGCGGGAGAUCGAGCGCAUGGUGGCCAUCAUCCACCGCAAGUUCAGCUCCAUUCAGACCCAGCUGAAGCAGAGCACCUGCGAGGCGGUCAUGAUCCUGAGGUCUCGCUUCCUCGAUGCCAGGUAGGCAUGAGUGUCUUCUCUGUGGCUCUGAAAUAAUUCUACUAUUCCCUCUGUUUAGAAUAAUAGUGAUAUUCUCCAUUGUUGAUUAUCUUAUCAGGCUCGUGUUACUUUCUGAAACUUACCACCUGUUUGUGUUUCUUCAGGCGCAAGAGACGCAACUUCAGCAAACAGGCCACAGAGGUCCUCAACGAGUAUUUCUACUCCCACCUGUCGAACCCUUACCCCAGUGAAGAAGCCAAAGAGGAACUCGCAAAACAGUGUGGGAUUACCGUCUCUCAGGUACCAAAUUUCACUGCUGCAAGUUCUAAAGUUUAAAGAGUUUCUGUGAUCGAAUGUGUCAGAAUCUGCUGCUCAGGAUCCAUCAGUCUAAUUAGGAGUGCACACAAAGCCUUUAAUUGUGUUUUUAUUCCUCGCCAGGUCUCCAACUGGUUUGGCAACAAGAGAAUCCGCUACAAGAAAAACAUCGGCAAGUUCCAGGAGGAGGCCAACCUCUACGCCAUGAAGACAGCCUUGGGGGCCAGACAGGGCGACGACUCCCCGCACACUCCCAACUCCACAGGUACCGAAAAGACGGCGAAGGCUUGGUCGCCCUGAAGUGGUGAAAUUAACUGUUAGCACACCCCUCUGCUGACUCAGUCGUGUUGCUGAGGUGUCAACCUUGAACAAAAUGUAUAACCUGAGGUGGUGAAAACUGAUUUGUGGAGGUGGCGUGGAGGCAGAGGAAAGGCAGGGUUUCUGCAGAAAAGCACCUCUGCUUUCAUUUCGCCCUCGUACAGACUUGCAUUAGUGGUUGUUUUGGGGCAAUCUGCCAGAGUUUUGGCAGCCAGCGUCACUUUUCCUGCCCUUUUUGUUGUCAGUUGCUCGGACCGAGUCAUGAUGUGACAGCUGAGGCAGCAAUGGUCCCGUUUGUUACAGCAAACCCUGAUCUUACAUGAGCACCCACAGCCAAACCUACCUUCGGGCUUCAUGCAGAAAGUGUGACGGCUCUGCAGCAGCUUGAUUUUCAUUUUGGUGUCUAUGUUAAUUGAUUUGAUUGUUAAGACAGCAAGUAUGAGCAGCAUCCAACAGUCAAACAGAGGGCUCUGUGUCAGCUGUGACUACCUCCAAACCAUGAAAACAUACUGCACUGUGGCUGCACUACAGAAAGCUUUUCAAAAUAAAAGCCUUUUUGGUUGUAUGUAGAGGGAAUCCUUGUUUUGAAGAAGGCUUUUAUUUUGAAGUUAUUUGCUUAACAUGGCAAAAGGGUGCCAAAAUACCAGGACUUUUCCAACUUUUAACAGUAAAAACACAAAUAGUUGCAUGCUGAAAACAGCUGAUUUAAAUAGUCAUUAUUGUAGUAAUGGUUUGUUUAAAGAGCUGCUGAAAGUCCCCAAAUAAUAAAAUCUAUAAAUGUGUUUGAAAAUAUUGAAACUACUCCUCUGUGUCUGUUUUCAGGGUCCGGGUCCUUCUCCCUGUCCGGCUCAGCUGACCUGUUCCUCGGCGUUCCACCUGUGAACGGCGAGCAAUCUACUUACCAAAUGGGCCUGCAGGUACUGAGCCGUCUCCGAACAGGACAGAUACUCUGCAUGACGUGAUUGUGUUUAAAGAGUUGCAGGCAGACUCCCUGCAGAAGUUCAUCUGUGAGCGAUGUCUGUGUGCUGGAACUAUAUUAAAAUAACUGACGGGCAUGUUUAGCAUCAGUUUCCUCUGUAAUUGAUUAUCAAGAGAAAUCUGCAGAUAAAAAUGACUGGAAGUAAAGUUCAGUUUCUGAUGUCUGUUUGUUUUUUGUUUCUAUCUUUCAGGCCAACGGGAACUGGCAGGGUCGGAACUCACCUCGAUCCGGAAACUCGCCCCACAGCGACCAAUCGGACAACUCUGACUGAUGGCCCCGCCCCUCUUGGCCCAGAACAACAGCGACGGAAAGUUUAAAGACGGAGAAGAAGACAGAAAAGAAUGAAUUCACACUUCCCACUCGGCUGCAGUUUCGUUUGUUUGUUUGUUUUGUACGUCGUUUGUUUGUUUUCAUCAUUUUUAUUGUAUGUUACUAUUUUCUUUUCUUGCGGCUCAGCACCCGUCAUUUUUCUGUUUCUAUGAUUCGCUGAGCGCACGGAUGGUAGAGUGAAAAUGUUUGUGUGUUUGUGUUGUGUGCAUGCAGGUGUGGUUUUCUUAUCGGGGUCGUGGGGUUUUGUUUUCCACUACAUUUUGACCUGUUACUGAGGUGUGAGUUUGUGGAUGGACAGGAGGAGGCAGGAGUGCAUUAUCACGGUUUUUAGCACACUAUAUCAUUGUUAUUAUUAUUAUUAUUAAUAUUAUUGCUGUUUUAUUAUUAGUGCUACAACUAUUUUCAUUUUAACAGCUCAGAGAGAGAGGAUGCAUUUAAGAGAGAGUGAGAGGGCAAUAGAGAAAAAUCCAAAGAUUUUUGUGUGUUUGUUUCUCUGUUUCGUUCGUUUGUUUUUUAUUUUCUACCGGGCUUCUGUGUCCCUGUACAGUGAAUGAGGCGUGUCUGAGUCCACAUUAACAGUUUGAAUGAGUAUAUCAACAGUGCUGUCUUUUUUCUGUACAGUGAAACACCUGUAUUCUCUCUACCUCUUUUACAAUAAAGACUCUCUGUAUUCACAACCA